ACGUCACUUCCUGCGCGGCAGAAAGGAAACUACAGCAGCAACUUCACUUUUAGCAUUUAGCAUGUUUAUUCCUGGUUCUUCGCCAUACAACAGUCUAUACAGGAGUGGACUUUGGCUUUUCUGGACAUCGGCUAAUGGGAUAUCCUCGUAACACCCAUGUUGUUGACACUUUUUACUUUAAAAACUGUCAUUUUCUGCACUGUUGCAUAUUAGCAUGCUGCUAAUAGCAUUGGACGCUGCUCCUAAGUUAAUAACGCGAGCAAUACAGAAACAGUCACGUUUAACUGUGUGCACUGUACUGUUUUUAUUUCCACGUAGCCCACUUCAUAUUGAGAUCUGAUUAGCUUUAGUAUCAGAAAACACCAUGUCCUUUCAGCUAACGGCAGAGCAGCAGAGAAUGAUCGAAGAGAACAGGCGCAAAGCUUUGGAGAGGAGAGCGCAAAGACUCGGACAAGCUGCGCCUACGAACAGACUUACCACCAGCGGGUCAUCGGUGCAAGUCUUUGAGUGUCACAAACCAAAUGGAGCUCCAGUCGGUGUUAAAGAACCUACAGUGCCACUUUCUGGCCCACAUCGAUUUGUCCCUCCUUUUAAGACGGUCCACAACAGUCACACCAAAGCCCAUGUACCUGUCUCUGCAUCCGGCCCAACCACACAAAGCAGCCGCAGUAUGUCCAGUGCAUCUCCUCCCAGAAAGAUACAAAUUAUUGAUGCGCAACCUCAGAAUAAAGGUCAACAUGUUAGCAGCUCUGUCUUGUCCAGUGGAGGCCUGGCUGUGAAUCCGCGACAUGCACAGUCAAAUGUUGCCUCUAGCAACUCUGAAGAUGCAGUGAGCUCUUUUUAUAAACCACCCAAUAAAUCUGCCCCAAAUCCUAUGGCAAGGCCUGCUUCAGGCUCCACCACUGUAAACCCUGCACCUGCGAAGAGACCUACAAUCUCAGUGAGAGCCAAGUGUGUGCCGCACACUGAGGGCCGCUUCAGAGUGGAGGUGGGAUUUCAUGCAGAACUAAUAGCUGUCUUCAAAUCCAUCCCUUCUAGGAAUUUUGAUCCAGCUACAAAAAUGUGGAACUUCAGUCUUGAAGAUUAUCAGCAUCUAAUGCGGGAUGUAGCGGCCAUCACCUCAGUGUCUCUGAGGCCUCUUGAGGGGAUGGAAGCACUGGACGUUGAAGUUGCUACGAGCCACGCCAGAAAUGGAGCGGCUUUGGGUGCACUCCUGAAACUAUGCAGCGGAUGGCAGAAACCUAGAGCUACCUUACAGGGCCAGUGUGUCCUCAUGUCUCCAUCCAAGUUUGAGGUGGACAUUGGUUACCAUGUGGAUGUAAUUGCUGCCUUUAAGCAAAUGUCAACCAAGAGUUAUGACAUGACAACAAGAAAGUGGAGCUUCUCACUUGAGGAUUACAAACCACUGAUGGACCUCCUGAGUGGGAUAGCAGCCGUGGAGGUGGAGCCUCUUCCUCGGGCAAUAAUCCAAGCUUUCUCUGCCAGGUUUGAAGGGCCUCAGGCCAGGUCUGUAGCUAUCCCUGAGGCAGACCUUUCCAACAUUGACCCCAUACUCACCACAAGCCUUAUGCCCUUUCAGAGGCUUGGAGUCAAUUUUGCAGUGUCGAAAGAGGGUCGGCUUCUCCUGGCUGAUGACAUGGGUUUGGGAAAGACCAUACAAGCCAUUUGCAUAGCUGCUUACUACAAAAGUGAAUGGCCUUUACUGGUAGUGGCUCCUUCCUCAGUCCGAUUUACAUGGGCCGAGGCCUUCAAGCACUGGCUGCCCUCCCUGAGGCCUGAGAACAUUAAUGUAGUGGUAAAAGCCAAAGACGAUGUCCGCUCUGGUUUAGUCAACAUCAUCAGUUAUGACCUCCUGAGCCGAAUAGACAAACUAAAUCCCAGAAAUCCCUUUAAGGUUCUCAUCAUGGAUGAAUCCCAUUUUCUAAAAAACAUUAAGACCGCGCGUUGUAAAGCGGCGCUUCCACUGCUCAAGGCAGCAAAGAGAGUCGUUCUUCUGUCUGGGACCCCAGCCAUGUCCAGGCCUGCUGAGCUUUACACCCAGAUCCUGGCUGUCAGACCCACACUUUUCCCACGCUUUCACGACUUCGGGCUGAGAUACUGUGCUGCCAAACAGAUGAACUGGGGCUGGGACUACUCAGGCUCGUCUAAUCUGGGCGAGCUAAAGCUGCUGCUGGAGGAGUAUCUGAUGCUGCGGCGCCUCAAGUCAGAAGUCCUGUCUCAGCUGCCUGCCAAACAGCGUAAGGUGGUGACAAUUACCAUUGACGGGAUCAGCACCCGCACCAAAGCCGCGCUGUCUGCUGCCGCCAAGGAGCUGGCAAAGGGGCAUCGCAAUAAAAUAGAGGAGAAGGAAGCACUGCUUGUUUUCUAUAACUACACGGCUGAAGCAAAGCUACAAGCCAUCAUGGAGUACGUCACAGACAUGCUCGAGUGUGGGAGGGAGAAAUUUCUGGUCUUUGCACAUCACAAGUUGGUCCUGGAUCAUAUCACUGCAGAACUGACAAAAAAGAACGUGAGUUUCAUCCGUAUUGACGGGACAACUCCCUCAGCAGAGCGGCAGCAGCUGUGUGAGACGUUUCAACACUCCACUAAGCCCUAUGUGGCAGUGCUGUCUAUUACCGCCGCCAACAUGGGUCUGACUUUACACGCUGCUGACCUGGUUAUCUUCGCUGAGCUGUUUUGGAACCCUGGGGUCCUCAUUCAGGCGGAGGAUAGGGUGCAUCGAAUUGGACAAACCUGCAAUGUGAACAUUCACUACCUGGUUGCCAAGGGAACAGCUGAUGACCACCUUUGGCCGCUUAUUCAGGAGAAAAUGAAUGUCUUGGAGCAGGUUGGUCUGUCAGAGUCAAAUCUCUCAGAAAAUGCAAUCAGCUCGAGCUUCCACUCAAAAGAUCCAAAUCAGAGAAACAUCAUGGAAAUGUUUCAGAGAUCAUUCACUGCUGAAGAUGAUAUAGAUGAAGCUCUCUUAGUAGAAGCUGCUAAUGAAUGGGACGGCACCACACCUGCUGAGAAAAGCUCCAACAACCAUUCUUGUCUGGCCACACAAAAUACUACCAAAAGAAGCAUUGGGGACUAUUUCAGUCGAUAACAAACACUGACUACAUAUAAAUGACAGUAUCUAUAGUUCCAAGUUCUAUUUUAUUUCCCUAUAAUUUUCAAAUAUCAUGACGUUCUGUUGUAAAAAUGAGUACAUGUAAAGCGAUACAUUAAUAAAAAGGAUUUCUUUUACAAAGCAAAAAUAAAUCCCUGACUCUAGAGGCUGUCUUUCCAUGAAUUAUUAAUACUCCCUAGCAGAGCGGCAUACAGCAUGUGGUCACAGGGCAUUCAAACCACCACAAAUCUAUGAAGUCUAU